ACAGUGAAUCAUUCUCUCCUUUUUUUUCUUGUUCAUAGGGAGGGUUUAGGGAUUUUAAAGGAUCAAUCCGAAUUGUCUUCUUCUUCGAUCGCACGUUACUAAUCUUCAAGAUUCGAACCCAAUUUCUCUGUAAGAUUUCUCUCUCAUGCUUCGAUUGUUCUUCGAUUUUAAUCGUAAGGGUGGAAUUGACUUGUGAAUUCCGAAGAUGGCUCGAGUUUAUGUUGGGAAUUUGGAUCCUCGAGUGAGUGAAAGGGAUCUAGAGGAUGAAUUCCGGAUGUUUGGUGUUCUUCGGAGUGUUUGGGUUGCUAGGAGACCACCAGGAUAUGCAUUUAUUGAAUUUGAUGAUCGCAGGGAUGCUAUUGAUGCCAUUCAAGCUUUGGAUGGGAAAAAUGGUUGGCGAGUGGAGCUUUCACAUAACUCUAAAGGUGGUGGGGGAGGUCGUGCUGGUGGUGGUCGCGGGCGUGGUGGAGGUGAGGACUUGAAGUGCUAUGAGUGUGGUGAGCCUGGUCAUUUUGCUAGAGAAUGUCGUAUGCGUGUUGGCUCACGAGGUUUGGGUAGUGGAAGGCGCAGGAGCCCUUCUCCUAGGCGCCGCAGGAGCCCAAGCUAUGAUAGAUAUGGACGCAGGAGUUUUAGUCCGCGUAGGAGAUCUCCCAGGCGCCGCAGCAUAUCACCUAUUGCACGUGGUCGAAGCUACAGCAGGACUCCUCCAUUCCGCCAUGCUCGCCGUGUGUCACCUUAUGCCAAUGGAGUCUAGAGCUGUGAAACGUCAAGUGGAGUAAAUGCUAGCUGUCCUGGAGAUGAUGCAGUGUUACACUUUUAGUUCUAUUAGGAUUGGUUGAAUUGACGAGAAUCAUGUUAGUUAUGUUGAUAUGUGACAAUGAGAUUUUUAUUAGAAACUUGGUAUUGUGGAUGGCUCCUACAGUUGGAUGCGAAAAGGGGUUCUUUGGACACCGAUUUGCAUCGAUUCUCACUUCAGCUUAAUGAGUAUUGGAGGUCGAUUUUCUACUUUUUUUUUUAGUUGAGAUAUUAUCCUGUUUAUAUUGUUAUUAAAAAUAUUGGUUGUGGUAAUAUUUCAUUUUGCUUAUUUUGAUUUGAA